AUGUUGGCUUUUACUUUUGUUGAGAAUGAAGAGACUAUUGCUUUAUUUAAAUUUUUAGUACCUGAACUUAAAUUACUAAAACGCAAAGUUAUAGGUGACAAAGUAUUAAUGAAAAGUGUACAAUUAUUACAAGACAAUAUAAUUAAAAUUGCUAAAGAUAAUAUAGAUAGAGUAACUACUACUUUCGAUGACUGGACAAACAUAAGACAAGAACAUAUUUGGGCACCUAUAUCAUCAGAUGAUAAAAUCGUUGAACAAGAAUUAACUAUUAUUGAUUCAAACUAUCAAGUGAGUGACAAUGAAGAUAAAGAUAAUGUUGAGGAAGCAACUGCUAGCUCUAAUGAAAAUUUUGAAGAUGAAAAUUUAAUUACAGAAGAUACAGAUUUUGGUUUUGGGAGAAGAGAAAAACAUCCUGCUGAUGAUGAAUCAGCCAAAUGGUCUUUAGAUUUACUCUUCAUUUCUUCUUUAGAAAAGCCAUUAUAUUUUGAUUCAGAACUUACUUCAAAUAAAUAA